UACAUGACCCAUCGUGGCACUCAAGCCAUGGCUGUCAGCAUAAUCUUCACCGGGCUAGCAACAAGCUUCGUCAUAGCACGUCUCUACACCCGUAUCUGGAUAAUGAAGCGCAUCGAAGCGAACGACUGGAUGAUUUUGGUUGCUUUGGUAAACUCCUUCAUUUUCAUGGCCCUCUUCAUCCUCGAAUCCCUAAAUGGCAUGGGCAUGCCCAUAACCCAAAUCCCACCCGCAAUCCUAACAACGCAAAUGAAAGCCUUCUGGGCCACAAUCCCUUUCUACAAUGCCGCCGUUCUCACCGCAAAAGCCACCAUCCUAAUGCAAUACCACCGCGUCUUCCCCACCCGGCGCAUGCGACACAUCUCCUGGACCAUGAUCGCGCUUCUCGCCACAUACGGGACGUGGUGUGUGCUUAGCGCAUUUCUGAAUUGUAUUCCCGUGGCAAAGUUCUGGGAUCCGACGGUUGAGGGGUAUUGUUUGAGUCAGAAGGGGUUGUGGUUUUCGAAUGCGGGGAUGCAUAUUGCUACUGAUCUUGCGAUUCUGGUGGUUCCAGUGCCGGCGUUGGUGGCGUUGGAGUUGCCAAGGAGGCAGAAGGGGGCGCUUAUUGCGAUUUUUGCGCUGGGUGGAUUUGUCUGCGUAACAAGCAUUUGCCGCCUCGUCGCACUCAAGACAAUUGCCGACUCCUCUGAUCCAACCUACGACAACGUCGCUGCAGCCUCCUGGUCCGCUGUCGAAUGCAACGUUGGGAUUAUCUGCGCCUGUCUUCCGACCCUGCGUCCGCUGGUCUCUCGCAUGAUGCCUCGUCUGCUCUCGACACUUAGUAGC